AUGGCCAGGAGUCUCUCGAUGAUAGUGAGCUUCAUAGGUAUACUGGCCACAGUCACAGCUACCGCAGCCUCCAACCCAACUAGACCCUCGGCUGCUGCUGCUCUCUCGUCGCUGGGAGUCUCUCUCCCAGGUGGCGAUGCUCUUGUUGGAAAUGCUGGAUAUACCUGUAGCAUCUUGACUCGCGUCUUCUCCAAAAAUGAGACAUUUACAGAGACCUCGCCCUACUAUGACGUUUUGGUCGAUGAAGCCUGGUCACAAAAUUGCCGAUUGAAUGCGUCCUGCGUUGUGACGCCUGAUUCCGCCCAUGAGGUCUCGCGCUUGUUGCAGAUUCUCGGUAUUCUCAAGACCAAGUUUGCCAUUCGCUCGGGUGGACACAACAUCAACCCGGGAUUCAGUUCAAUCGGUCACGACGGAGUGCUAAUCGCUCUCGAGAAGUUGAACACCAUAUCCAUAAGCGAGGAUCGUGGGACUGUCACCGUUGGGCCUGGCAAUAGAUGGGAGUCUGUAUACAGGUACCUUCAGCCAUAUAAUGUCACGGUCUUGGGUGGUCGUGAAGCGGUUGUGGGUGUCGGCGGGUAUAUUCUCGGUGGUGGUCUCAGUACUUUCUACAACACGCACGGAUUGGCUAUUGACAGCGUCACCCGAUUCCAGGUGGUACUUCCCAAUGGAGAUAUUGUCAAUGCCACCCCAACCGACCAUGCAGAUUUAUACAAAGGCCUAAAGGGGGGUUUGAAUAACUUCGGCAUCGUUACUGAAUAUGACCUUGCUACAAACACUGGAAUUGAUGUCUACUACGAGAUAAACACGUACACCGUUGCCAACACACCCGCCGUACUUGCGGCGUACGCGACGUAUCUUUUGGAUGCGGACACAAACAGCAAUGUGGAGAUCCAGACAAACCCCAACUAUACCUUGGUCUUCUACGGGUAUCUUGGCCAUGUAUCCACGCCUGCAGCCUUUGAUCCAUUCUCUGACAUCCCUGUGGCCUCUACCUUGUAUCCACCGACAAACGGCUCGCUCAGUGAGCUUCUCCUCACGAUUGGCUCUGCCGGACUGAGUUCCGAGGGUGUAUCCUACGGCGGUACAUUCACAUUCAGAGUGACAGGACCGACGUUUCUGCAGGACACGUACUCGACCUAUCUCCAGGCCGCUGCCUCUCUGCCCUCGGGGGCAGUACUAUCUUACGUACCUCAGGGUAUCAUUCCAAAUUUAGUGAACCAAGGAAAUUCACAAAACGAAGGGAAUUUACUGGGCUUGGAGGCCACACCUCAACUUUGGGUGAAUAUCUUCGCUCAAUUCCCAGUGAACAUUAGCCAAUCGGUGGUGACGGGUAGGGUGGAUUCGUUGCUUGCCAGUCUCACCUCGAGCGCAAAGUCACAGGGUCUUUUGCUCCCGUACAUCUUCGUCAACGACGCAGGUCCCAAUCAAAAGCCGCUGCAGUCCUUUGGGGAGAAGAAUCUCAAAUAUAUCAGCACUGUGGCAAAAAGAUAUGACCCCAAGGGAAUCAUGCAAAAGCUGCAGAAUCAGGCCUACUUUGUUUCGAAGGAGUUAUAA